GCAUAGUUUACUGUGAGUACUUAGUGCAAGCCAUUUUUGAUAUGCCCAAGUUACUCUCGUUAGCCUUCUCCAAACAAUAUAGAUUACCUUCUUUAUCUUUUGCAAGUGCUUCAAGUCAAUGCAGGAUUUCCAUAAAUUAUGACACUCUAUGGAAGCCGAGCAGUUCAUGCUCUCACGGAGAUCUCUAGUUGAGUUGAAUGAUCUGUCUGUAGAUUUGACAUUGUGUAAUAUUAAUAAGGACUUGAGAUUACCAAGUGAAAUUGAUCGCCUUCCCACAGCUGCAGUUGAGAAUGUGAUACUACUAUAUCCGGUAUCAUAUUCAUCUUACUUUGAUGUCAUCAUCUUCUCAAUUUGUUGGCCCAAGAGUUUAACCUUACAUUACUUUGACAAAAAAAUUGGAGAGUUUCUACGUCCACAGUUGUUGAAGGAGAGACAAUGGAGAUUUAUCGAAUAUACUUGGAAAGAGUAUCACAUGAAUGCUCGGAUAGAGUACAAGAAAAAGAAUCGAGACGAUUGGAUGACUCUUGACAGGAAAAUAUUGGCCACUGACCCUCGCAUUAUUGAAGAGAUGAAUAUGAUGCCCUUCAAGCAAACUCAAAGAAAAGAGAACAAUAAAUAUUCAUAUAUUUCAAGAUGCAUUUCUAGAUGGAUAGCUCAUUCUUCUGGAUUUUAGCUCAUGGGGAGUGAUCGCCAUAUGGAUAGCGCAUUCCUCUGGAUUUUAUUCGUUGCUUUAUUUCUUU